GUGAAGGGAGAAGCAGAGCAUUAACAGCCUGGGGGCAGAGCGCUUUGCAGACCACACGCACAUCCAUGAACCCCAAAGCUUGGCCCAUCAGAGAACAUGCCUUUGGUUAAGAGGAACAUUGAGCCACGGCACUUGUGCCGAGGAAUUGUGCCGGAUGCAGUCACAAGUGAGCUUGAAUGUGUCACCAACAGUACCCUGGCCGCUAUAAUCAAACAGCUGGGAAGUCUGAGUCGGCAUGCAGAGGACAUAUUUGGAGAGCUGUUUAAUGAAGCCAAUAGUUUCUAUUUGAGGAUGAACUCCCUGCAAGAGAGGGUGGAUUUGCUGGUCAUUAAAGUCACACAGCUGGAUUCUACCGUGGAAGAAGUCUCCUUGCAAGACAUUAACAUGCGGAAGGCAUUUAAAAGCUCCACGGUACAGAAUCAGCAGGUGGUGUCUCGGAAUUCCAUUCCUAAUCCUGUCAUGGAAAUUUACCAGCGAUGUGACAAACCUCCACCACUCAACAUUCUGACACCUUACAGGGACGACAAGAAAGACGGGCUCAGAUUCUACACAGAUCCCUCUUAUUUCUUCAACUUAUGGAAAGAGAAGAUGUUACAGGCCACUGAAGACAAAAGGAAAGAGAAGAGAAGACAAAAGGAACAAAGACAAGUGGAAGAUCCCACUCGAGAGGUGAAGAAAGUGCGGAAAGCACGGAACCGCAGACUGGAAUGGAACAUGAUGGCUUACGAUAAGGAGUUCAGGCCCGAUAACAGGUUCUCACCAUCUCCAUAUCAUGUGACUUCUUCCGAGGGAUCUCUGUCCCCUGAUACUAGGUCCUAUGCAUCUGAUCUUGAUCACUCUUAUCCUGCCAGCCCUAAUCAUCCUGGCCAACAGAUCUUGGGCCCAGCCCCUCACUUAACACCAGAAAAUAAGGAGAUUAUCCUAAUGGCAAGUCAGGCACAGGAGCAUUGCUACCGUACCUCUGCCCCUAGUACACGUCAGAACAGCCUAAACAGAGCUCAGCAGGCUCAUGUACCCCAGCCACCAGAAGCCACCCCAAAUGGACCACGUCCACACGUUCUGAAGGAUUAUGGUGGUCAGCAGAUGCCAGUUACAGAAUACUUUGUGCCCCCUGCUCCCCCACCACCUCCCCCCAUGAUCCCCUCAGCACAAACUGCCUUUGACAGCCCCAUUUCUGCACCCACUCCAGUGGCACCCAAUGUUGCUGCCUCCAUUUCUCUCUCUUCAUAUAUCCCCUCCCCUCCACCAGCACCACCAUGUCCUUAUUCUUUCUCCCCUCCUCAAGCUGGCCCUAUGGGACCCCCUAUGGCCCCUCCUCCCCCUCCCCCUGGUCCCCCAACUAUCACUCCAUCUCCUGCUCAUUCGGCUUCCCCUACUCCUGUCACUGUGGAAACAAGAAAACCUCAAAUUCCACUCAUCCCAAUGAGCGAUGCCAGGAGCGACUUACUGGCCGCAAUCCGCAGAGGUAUCCAGCUCCGGAAAGUCCAAGAGCAGCGUGAGCAAGAGGCUAAGAAGGAGCCAGUUGGAAACGAUGUGGCCACCAUCUUGUCACGCAGGAUUGCUGUGGAAUACAGUGAGUCGGACGAUGACUCGGAACUCGAAGAAAAUGAAUGGUCCGACUAAGGUUUCAGCCAACUAUCAGCACUGUUCUCACCUCUUCUCACACUGUCGAUGAUGGUUAUGCCAACACAACUGCUAAUACCUGUAGCUUGUGCAAGAGUCAGAAAGAAUCCUGAGCUUCACGUAUUGUUUUGUUUUUGUGUGCUAUCACAAUAUGUUGCACAAUGUUUUAAAGAUUACCAUUGACAACAUCAGAGAAAUGCGGAAAAUUGACAAAAUAAUUGCAAGUCGUAGAACAAAAUAACUGAAUUGAAAAAAAAUCUUCAAUUCACUAUUUUUUUCCCAGUAAUAUUUACCUAAACUGUACUUUCACUUUCCACAAUUCCCAUUUAAGUGAAUAAACUCUGUGGUGUGCAAAGAUAAAGUAGUAUGAUUGACGAAGGUGCUGCUGAAGAGUACACUGAAUAUUAUAUAUAUUAAAAUAGCACAGACAUGUAUUUAAAUGAAUCAUAUGCGUACCAUAACAACCUGCAUGAUCAAACAGUUGGAUUGAGAUACAGGUAUCAGGAUGUUAAAAAGAAAUUAAACGUUAACUUGUAAUAGGCUUUUAUGAGAUGAUACCUAAGAAGAUCUUGAUAUAUAUUUGUAAAAGGUAAUUAAUUUGCCUAAUUUAUUUUUAUUGCAAAAGUCAAAAAAUCUAGUUAAAUGAUCAGUGAAUUAUAAAUAUUAUGCCAAAGUUGCUGAAAUGUAUAUAUUCUCCUACUUAUUAUAAAUUCAGAGGCAAAUACACUAUUACAUUUAUAUACCAACUUUUGGUCGUGUGCCAUUUCACAUACCACCCAUUUAUAUCAACACAUUAUUGGCCCAUUUAAUAGUGCUGACCCUACACUCUUGAACCAAUUUUCCACAAAUUUUGAGAUGCACACUUUGCAACUUACCCACCAGAAUAUGUGUAAUACAAUCUAUUUACCCAUUGAGCAGUACAUCUAUUUCUGGCCAAAGGGUUAAGAUAGACAAACAUAAUUUAUACCAUUUGCCCGGUGAUCACUUACUCCUCUGCAAGGAUGUCCGUCAUAAUAAAUGGGCAUCAAUACAUUUGCUUACCUUGUUAUGGUCUAAUGAAUGCAUUAUUGAAUUGACAUGUGGACACCUCAAAAGCUGUAUAGAAGUUAUGGUGUCAUUGCAAAAGCUGUGAGUGCAGACCUUACUUCCAUCUAAAUCCACAAUGCAUUACUUCCUCUUAUGAACAUAGAUUAUCCUCUAAACAUUGCCAAGCUACUCCUUAACACAGGGAUGGUUAUAAAUAAUGCAUACUUCAGGGCUAUCGUAAGUGAAAUCUUCACCAAAGGAAUCUGUUUAACCCCUUAAGGACACAUGACAUGGUCGUUAAGGGGUUAAAGCAGAGGGCUAACGUUGAUUGCUUGUUUACAUUCUUUUUUAAAUGUCCUCUAAACGAGAAAAUGGAGAAACAAAGCCAUUACAGUAUAAUCUAUUUAUUAAAUAUGCUAAAAUAUAUUGGAGAUUAUUCACAGACUUAGUGUAUAGCACGAACAUGGACACAGACAGUUAUCAGUGAAAGUGGCAGGAGAGCUUUUAUCUUAUGCAUCACUGGCCAUUCCUGCGUAUUUAGAUAAGCCUCACUGCUGCUAGUGUCAUACUGAGCCAACCUGCAGGGAUAGACCCUUGGUGCAGUACAAUAAUGAGCUUGAAAGAUACCUUGUAACAUGGUUAAUUCAUACACAUAACUUAGUCCUGGGGUUUAACGCACAUUCACAACACAAAGUGAAUGUAUAAACCGCUACCUUAUCUAUUCUAGUUAAUUUGUUAAUCUCAUAGAUAUUAUUUUUCCAAUCAGCAAUUUGAUAGCUGUUUUUGAGAUUCCCUUGUUAUCAAACCACAUAUUAUUUGGUACAAAUUAUCAACCUUCCUUGGGAAUUACCUUGUGCCCUAAACGUUGGCUUUGCGCCCGAUCGGAGCUGGGCAGCUUAUCCUUGUCAAAGAUUUAAUAUAGUUUAUAUCUAAUUAGAGCUGAGGUGCAUCCCUGCUUAUUGCUGGACUACAACUCUAAUUAUAUAUUUUGAUAUCUUUUAUUUUUGUGCCUUUGUUUGUAAAUAGCUAUGCUUUAAAGCAUUUGCUCCCAAAACCAGUCUUUAUGUUGUCUGCAUUCAGCCUCCCAGUCGGGACAAAGAGCAGUAUGCCGAAGCUGUUGAUAGCACGAUAUGCAUUUAAAGAGAAUGUCAGUGGUAUUUCCCACUUCAGAGGAUUCACUGGCAGACUCCUCCAUCUAAAACAGUUGAGUUUAUAAUUUCAUCCGGUCUCCUAGGAAACAAUAUUUAAGCUCCAACAUCAAAGCUAUCCUCUGCUUUCGCCUUUGCAUCUUGUUGUUGAAUCACACAGAGAAGCUUUAAGUAGUUGGCAUCCUGCAACUUAUUUUUUAUUUUUCUUGUCCCUAUUAGAUUUCUCUUCUACUUUUACGAACAUUAAUUUCUAAAGAGAUGAGGACAUAUUUUUAUUAUCACUUUUUUUUUCCUUAUGACUAUUGAGUGGAUAUUAUUUGAGGGCAUUUAUCUCUUUUGUACCAAGAAAAAUGUAUUUGUAUUUUUAUUUACGCUUAUGGCAUAGUAUAGUAUUUAUUGAAAUCUAACAAUUUAAUUUACCAGGUCCAUUCGCUUCUUAAAUUUUUGUUUUUUAAGUCUCAAUAUAUACGUGACCUGUACAUUUUUUCUAUCGAUGACUCAUCUCUAAGAGAACCCUUUGUUAACAGCCGCCUCUACCUUGACUGUUGAGAUGCUGUUCUCUAAAGCUAUACAUAUUCACCAAUAUUGUGUGUCCCCAUCCUCGCCCCGUCCCAUUUUUGCUUACUAGAAGAUGUAAGAUAGAAAAAUAGAGAGAGAGAUAGAGAACACAUAUAACGUCUGAAAGGUUAGGGUUAAUAUUUAUAUUUUGUUAAAAUGAGAUUUAAAGAGCACAAAGCACGCUGUAUAUAUAUGUAUAGAUAUAAUAUACUCUUUUUUUGUGGCUAAUGUACAGGGUCUGCAGUUUUUUAAAGAUGGAUAUUUAUUAAUGGUUUGGAUCAUUAUAUAAGACUAAUUCUCUAAGAAGCAUGCUGGGACUGUAAUACAAGAUAUGUCAUCCAUUUUGUCUUGAAGAUUCUAUAAUAUUUACUGGCUUAUCAUUUAAAUGGUGCCUGUUUUCAAUUUACAUCUACAUGAUGCAAUUAAAAAGGGCCUUGCUGCUAGGCAUGAAAAAGAGUAAAAUGGACAAUUAAUACAACAUUGGCAACCAUAUUUAAAGUUACCUAAAAACAAAAUGAGCAGCUUAGUUUGACGCCAUGUUUUUAUAUACUGCUUUAAUUUGUACAGGUUCCCAAGCCUAUAUUUAUUUAACUACCCUACAAAUGAGUUACCAUACCCAGAAAAUCUUGGGGAAACUAGCGUUCUCAAAUAUUUUUAGGAGAUACAUAUUGCUGGAUGUUCUAAGGUUCCAUGUUUGGAUCGUUGAUGCUAUGUUAUCAUACAAACAGCACUCCAAACCAAGUCCUUGAUGUGUCAAAGACAACAUGGGUCUCCUGUGUCAUACUUAGCACUAAUAUGUAAAGGAAACUGUUAAAGAAAUCAUAAAAAAUGUGUAGUAGAAGUUCUAAUGGAUUGUUUUGGAAAGUUAGAACCUAUAGACUGAGGCAUUAAUAUCAUCCAAGGGAAAAUGUAGAAACUGGAAGGGCAUUUUUCACCAGUAACAGCUCCACAGGCUAUCCCACCUUAGUUUCAUACAAUGCCACAUACAGACUUGUAACCCCUACAGUGUAUAUUGCACACCACCACAGCUCUAAUAGGUGAUCAACAAUAUAUCUCCCUCUGUACUGGAAUUUGGCUCUGAAGUGCAUGUUGUGACUAAAAUAUAUAAUACAUUUACUAAUUGAAAACCAGAGCAAUCUGAAUGUACCUUUCCUGCUUAAAUACUUUAUUAUUAUUGUUAUUAUUAUAUGUAUUUUGUGAGAUUUUAAAUUAAAAGUUUAAAACCUGGAAUUGUUCAAUCCCCUCCUACCCAUUUUCAUUUAUUGGCCUUAUGAAGCAAAGCUGUGAUGAAAAGGCCUACUAUAUAUAUAAAACACAUACUUUAUACACUGUGAAAUAUUUUUUUUAAUAUAAGACCACGAAUAAUGAAAUCCUUUACACAAAAAAAAUAAUAGUUAGAAUUUUUUUUUUUUUUUAGCUUUUUCAGUCCAGUUAGAUGCUUUGAGACCUAUUGAUAAAAUAUUUUUAAUAUAUACAGAUAGAAUCAUUACAACAUGUUUUAUUGGGGCACUAUCUUGCUUUUCUAUGCUGCAUUCUAUGUGAAGUGCUGAUAAACGAUACAACCUCAAAGCUGCAGGUCUUCUUCCUGUAUCCUUAUUGACUAGUAUACUGUACAUCACAUUUUUGCAAUUAAAUAAACCAAAACAGUUUGGGCUGUACCGUUUAAUAAGCUCUUUUCCACAGAGUGUUCAUUUAAGUAACCCUCUAAAAUCUUAAGAGUAGCUGCUCCAUACCCAGCACUAGUAGUUGGAUUGGUUUAAAAAAUCUGUUUUUUUUGUUUUUUUAAGGGAUAAUUAUUCAAAUAGUGAUACGAACUAUAUUGUCAAAUUUUCUUUUUGGUCUAAUUUUUUAAGUCUCUUUGCAAUUCUUAGCGAAUGAACACUGCUUAGUAAAUAAACCAGUUAAGGAGCCAUUCAACAAUUGUUCCAAAAUAUCUUCUAAGAGCCAUAUUGUCAUUGUGAUGGUCGGGAAUCGUAAACGUGUGGGCUUUCUUAGGUUUGUCAAAGCCAAAUCAUCAAAUGAUUUAGGGAAGAAUACAAAAAUUACACAUUUCAGGGAUUUAUGUCAACCAAUACAACAUUUUAAUUAUGCAUAUGUUGUAGAUGUUCCUCAAUAGAGCCAUGAUGCGGUAGCCUCAUGCUUAUAAACGUUCUGCAUAAAGUAGUCUAAAGAGUGGAACAGAGUUGAUGGGCAAUCAUAGUGAAAAGGUAUUUUGUAAGCCAGCUCUCUCUCUGUUAACAAACCCUCAUCCCCCACCUUGUUCAACCUUAAAAAAAGAGAAUGGAGGAGCAAUGAUAGCUCAUGAAGGGUCCGGAGACCAUUAUAGUUUUAACAUGAACACUGUACCCCUUAUUCCCUUAGUCCCCAACAUGUCUGAUUUGUAAAUGGAAUAGUUAUGCCUCAGUGUAGAGCAGACUUGACCAUCCAUAUAAUUGUAAUUAACUGGAGGGGAUUUAUGGUACUUGUCAAUUAAUCCCCCCACUUUCUUUAAUUUCAGCCUGGACACUAUGUUGGUUGGAUGCAGUAGUGGAGAAGCAACACAUGUACACAAUUUUUUUAGUAUGGCAAAACUUGUUGAAUGACUCCUUGAGUUUUAUCCUCCUUUCCUGUUCCCAGCUCUGCCCUCCUAGUCUACCUUUGACUUGAACCAGUAAGGUGUUCGUGAUGUCCUUAUAAACAGGUGGCCUUUAAUUAGCACUUGCGCAACUGUCCACAAGAAUGCUUGGCUGGUGGACCUGUCUGUGUUGUUAGAAAGAAUCUCUGGAGACUUACAUUGCUGGGGAACUUUGAAGUCUAGAGGUAGAAGACACAGAUCUACAAAAUUUAUGAACCAAUCAAAAGGAGAAGUUUUUUUCGAAGCUUUGUAAAAAAAAAAAAAACAAGUUACCCCAAUGAAUAAAACCAAAAUGGGACUGCACUUUUAACUCCCUCAUUAAUGAAAGGGGUUAACAGAUUCACUAUUUUUAAAUGUGAUCUUGGUGAUAUAGAUAUAUAAAUAUAUAUAUAUGUUGCUGCCCGUAUUUCAAUCUCCUGUAUACAGCUGUAAACUGUAAGUGAAUGCUUUGUUCUCGGUGUAGUGGACUUGUGUGGGUGUACACACUAUCCCAGGAGAUGUAUGGUGACAGUAUAAACACAGCUGCUGUAUUAUUGUCCAUAAGACCACCAUGAAAUGCUGCUUGUUGUUACAUUAUUGUAAAAGAGGAAAGGAUUUAUGUAUUUGUUGAAACAACACAGAGCCAUUGACACGUAUUGCAUGUGU